UACACAACAAAGAUCUCGCAUAAAAUAAAAAUAUAAACAGAACAUGGGGUCUGAACAUUCGAGUCAAUCUGGGGCUCAUAGCCAAAGACAAGGCAGUUUGAAUAAAAAUGGAGUUAAACAGUCAAACAUCAGGCGUCAACAUACGAUAGCUAACCCAGGAGGAACAGAAAAUAUUAACAGUGAAAAUGGUAGGCCAGGUUCCAUUUCGCCCGGACCAAGUGUAUGCAGUGAUAUAGACUUACCGUAUAUAAGUUACACUGUUAAUAGACCUAUUGGAGAUUCUCCAAAACUUACUAACAAGCAGUUGGUGAAAAAUAAAUCGAACAGCCGUAGGACCCAGCAAUCGAAACAAACUAAAAAUAAAAACAACUCGGCACAUAAUAUAGUUGUUGUGCGAGGAGCAACAUCUAAUACUCCAGGCACAGAAAAAGAUCCGGAUGUUGUGCGCCUGCAGGGCAUACCAAUGUUUUUACCUAUUAUGAGAGCGACUUUGAGUUUACCGGCAGCUAGAGACCCUGAAGUACUGGAAAGGUUAGAUCCUACCCCUUUACGUAACUUGUGUCUACGAUAUCAAAGACAUUUAACUACCGCUGCUAGUCUAGUAGCUACUGAACAGAAUCACCUAACCCAAAAAGUUAGAGAGGUGGAUGGUGAAAUUAACAAAAUAUUUACUGCAGCUACGGACAAACAGCGGAAAUUUGCAAAGUAUGCUGAAAAACUUUCCAAGGUCCAGGAACUGUCCCAUCAGUUAAACCGUUGUCACAUGUUAUUAAAUCAAACCUUGGAAUCUAUGGAAACUUUAAAUAAUUAUUUGGAUAUUAACGAUAGACUGGAACCGUUUGUAUGGACAACAGGAUGAGACUCGUGUGAUGAAGGUAAUAGAGAAAUUAAUGCCGAACGCUAUAAAAGGUCAGAUAUAAUAGAAAAUGUAUAAUGCGACUUAUGUUUAUAAAUAAUUGUUUUUAUACAUAUUCCGCUUUGAUUAGAAGUUUUAAAGAAUAUAUGUUAUUAAAGCAAAUGAAAUUAUUAUAGUUUUAUUUUUAAAAUUAUUAUUGCUAUAUUUGCAAAUCUACAACUAAAUUGGGAAGCCAUUUGUUUAAAUGAUGGUUAUAUUCACAAAACAUAAAAAAGAUCCAUUAUUCAAUAUAAGUGGAUAAUUUUAAGAUACUAAAUGUGUGCUUACGUUACCAUAGUGUAUAUAAUUUAAUACUUUUACGGAGUUAUUUAUUUUGUUAUUAGUUUUGAAGUUAUAUUUGUAAUCUUGAAGGACAGAAAUUUUAGAAAUGUAAGGUUAUUGUAUUUUGUAUUAUUUCUAAUCUAACAUUUGUGAUUUGCUAUCAGUUGAUAACUGAUCAGAUCACAUUCUGAAAGCACUGUACUAUGGUUCUAUUGGCCCUUAAGCCUUAAGCUAUUAUUAUAAUGUACCAAUUAAGACUGCUCCGAAGUUUUAAAGCUUUAGAAUUAUUAUAUUUAAUUGAAUUCUGAUCUCAAAAGUGUAUUUAGUUACAUCUUUAUCACUUAAAUAAAAAAUAAAACAUU